AUGGCCAGCCGGAAUAUGCAACAACACGCCACCAUGCAGAGCAGCGGUUCUCCAGCAGCAGCCAAACACGGAACGGACUCCCCUGCUCCAGAACAACCAGCGGCGAACAAAGAUAGCCCAGCCCCGCCGCCACGGCAGCCGACCCCGGCCGAACAGACAGAAGGAGCCGGGGAAGGAAGCUCAGAGGGCCCGGCCGAAAUGACUCUGGAUAUAACGAGUUUUCGGAAACCAGGGGAGAAGACGUUCACCCAGCGCUCUCGUCUUUUUGUCGGGAAUCUGCCCCUAGAUAUCCCGGAGGAGGAGUUCGUACACAUGUUCGCAAAAUAUGGAAAAACUACCGAAGUGUUUAUCAACCGAGACCGGGGCUUUGGCUUCAUCCGUUUAGAAACUCGGACACUGGCAGAGAUUGCCAAAGCUGAGCUGGAUGGGACCGUUUUGAAUAAUCGACCGAUCCGGGUCCGCUUUGCCUCACAUGGGGCUGCACUCACAGUUCGCAACCUGUUGCCCGUUGUAACAAAUGAGCUGCUGGAGCAGGCGUUUUCUCAGUUCGGACCUGUGGAACGAGCAGUUGUUGUGACUGAUGACCGUGGCCGACCCACUGGCAGAGGCAUAGUAGAGUUUGCAAACAAAGUAGCUGCACGUAAAGCACUGGAGCGCUGUACUGAGGGGGCAUUGCUGCUCACAACCACACCUUGUCCAGCCAUCAUAGAGCCUUCAGAGCAGUUGGACGAUGAGGAGGGACUGCCUGAAAAAGUGCUGCCAAAAACUCCAAAAUACCACAAAGAGCGAGAGCAACAGCCACGCUUCGCCCAGCCAGGAACAUUUGAGUUUGAAUACUCGUCUCGCUGGAAAGCGCUUGAUGAGAUGGAGAAACAGCAGAGAGAACAGGUGGACAGAAACAUCAGAGAGGCAAAAGAGAAACUGGAGGCUGAGCUGGAGUCGGCAAAACAUGAACAUCAGCUCAUGUUGAUGAGGCAAGAUCUAAUGAGACGUCAGGAGGAGCUGAGGAGACUGGAGGAGCUUCGCAACCAGGAGCUGCAGAGACGAAAGCAGAUAGAGAUGAGGCAUGAGGAGGAACGAAGGCGUCGAGAGGAGGAGAUGAUGAGACACAGAGAACAGGAGGACCAGAGACGCCAACCAGACGGCUUCAAACCAAACUACAUGGACAAUAGGGAACAGGAAAUGAGAGUGGGUGAGCUGGGCCCUCGUGGAGCCAUUAAUAUGGGAGAUGGCUUUAACCAGGCCUCUGCAGGGCCCGUUGCAAACCAGGCUCAAAUGAUGGGAAUGAGUGGAAGGGCGGGAGCCGGUGGCCCAGAGGGAACUCCAAAUAUGGGCACACCAAUGAUGUCCGAGAACGGAGCCAUGAGAAAUGAUAGAUUCCCCCCGGGUGGAGCAAUGGGGGGCCGACCAGAGGUUGAGUCCCCAAAGCAGCAGGCCAUGGGCCCUCAAGGCGGACCGGCCCCAGGAUUUGGCCGGGGCAGCCCAGUUGGGGGAGUCUUUGACGGGCCGAAUAACAAGCGGCGCAGGUUUUAAGUUGUCUUUGUUGACAAAAGCAGUUUUAAUGGACUUUCUAUGAAGAAUAAUGUGACUUUUUUCUGUUGCCCUAGUUUCAGUUGCUUCCUGUGAAUCGGAACUAUUUGCUAAAAAGUCUGUUGGAGCCCUUUUUUCCCCUUUUCAUGUUUUCUUUUUUUUUACCCCUUGAGCCAUUCACUUGUCAGUGAUUAUCCUCUAAUAAUGCUGCACAUUACUCAAAAUCAUGUUAGUUUUUCCACCUCUUUUCUAAAUGGUACACUUUGUGCAGUUUUGGACUAUAGAGUGUCUGUCUACGAUUUGAACCUGCCGAUUAACAGAGGGGUAUUCCAGAAAGCAGGUUAUGUGAAAACUCUGAGUUUGUUAACCCCGAAAUGAGGGAAACUCUGGAUUUUCUGUUCCAGAAACCCUGAGUUUCAGAAACCCUGAGUUUCACUUGUCUCCUCCCACGUGAAACACGCUGUUAGACAGGGCUGGUCUGUACAAAUGUGCUUCCUCAGAUUUAGAAGCACAGUUAGUGUUUUACAUCAGGAGAAGAUUUUCAGACCUCGAGUAGAUGUGCUAUUAUUUCCCGAUGAAUAUCUAUUUAUCUAUUUAUAUCUAUUAGCAAUAGGACAAUAUAAGCUCAUCUCCUUCCUAUUCCAUUUUGGCCAUAAAUUGUUGUUAAAGAUAUUCAGAGUUUCUCAGCUUGGAGUAAGUCAACUCAGAGUUUAGGAUUAGACUCAGAUUUUGUUGAACCUGCUUUCUGGAAUACCCCUCAGGCAUUGAUCUUGAGUGAAAACAGGAUCACUGAUUUUUAAUAAAAAUCUACAGAAAAACCACCACAUACUGUUGUUGUAAGUUGUCUCAAUUUCCAUGAUCAGCUGUUUUCUUCCUUAUUUUAUUGUGGUCUCCUUUCAAACAGACUCUUUGCUCCUCUGACGUUUCGUCAUUAAGCCAGUGAAUGUUUCUGCAGCCUUUUACAUCCUGUGUUUGGUGGUGGAAGGAAAAUAAAAGAUUUGUAGGAA